AAGUAGAGAAGAUCUAUUCCAAUUGUGAUAUCCUGCUCAGCAUGAACAAUGACAAGCUAGGUAUCAGCAUUAUGAACCAAAUGUCAAGUCACCUUCAGCAGGCCAAUGAGAGGAUAUCGAAUUUUCUACGCAAGAACCUGAAUUCGAUUUAUGUUCAAAACGAUUUCGCAAAAAACCCAGAUUCUAUUGCAAAUUUCCAGCGUGCACUAGUGUCUGUUCUUUCGAGAAACAGAGAUGAGUUCGACUCCAUAGUGAGUGACAUAAUAGAAAACAGGUCCCGGAUUGUUAGUGAGGAGUUCGUGUCCCAGUUGAACGGCUAUUCGAACGAGAUUCGGUCGAAGCCUAACAAAUCAUUCAUCAUGUCAUCUUAUGAUUCGAAAAGAUAUUUGAGCGAUGUGCUGGCUUAUCUCCACAGUGUCAUUGCAAAUGAACUUGAAAUAGUUGAGAGCUUGUUCACAUUCGAUCAAGAGGUGCCGGCUGACCUCUUACCAGUGAUUCGCACGGUGGUUAACAAGGUGCUUGGCUCUUUGAGCCGGCCAUUGAAAAGUAGUUACGAAACCAUCCUCAGACAGGAAGCUAAGCCAGGAGUUGUUGUUGAGCUCUAUCAGCUUUUGGGUCUUUACAAGCAUAUGUUCCAAAAGCUGACUCAAGACAAUAGUCUAAUUGAAAGCUUGUCACAAUUGCAGAAAGACUCGUUCAAAAAACUGCUCAUACUCGUAUCUCUGAAAAUAAAAGAGAUCAAAGUUGAGUCAGAAGUCGAAGAGAUUGACGAGGAGGUUCUUGGUCUGCCGGACUGGCUCAUGGAUUUCUACUCAGAAUUUCUAGGCAUAUUUGAUUACCACAACAAUUCAGACAAAACGUUUUUGAACGUUGAGAGGUCCGAGGAAAAGGAACUGUUCAGGCUGUUGGUAAAUGAGCCACUAGAGUUGCUCAACACGAUUUCAAAAAAGCUGAAGCUGUCCAAAAAAUCCAAGAAAAUCUUUAUGAUUAAUUGUCUAGAUUUCAUGCAUUCAAAGAUUGAGCUGAUCCCGGUUUUAUCUUCGCAAGCUACAUUCGUUCAGGAAAUACUGGACCAAACAAUUCAAUCGCUUAUAAUUGACGAGUUCAACCAGUUGCUCGAUAAUUCAGGACUUUUUGAUAUCUACAACCUUGUGAACAUGAUCUACAAGCUUGAGGAUGAUUUCUUCGACGUGUCUCUGUACGAACCAAUCACAGAAAACCAACUCUUCAAUGUUGCUACAUUCCAGCAAGCAGAUAUGAGGCUCCAAGAGUUCUUGAUUGGAUAUCUGGUCUCGAACGAAUUAAACAAGCUACUCUCUCCAUCAAUUCUCAAUACCAUAUUCAUCACCUCGACCCUCAAAUUCGUCAAGUUCUAUCGCAAGCUGCUACUUAUCGUGGGUGAAUAUUUGAAGGAUGAUAACGGUCAACCUCUCAACGUGUUCCGCUGGGACGAUAUGCAUGUUGCUACACUGUUGGGCAUAGAAGAAACAUACGAACGUGACCAAGACACAAUCGACUAGACAAUGCAUAAUAAAUAAAUUAAUCGCCUCUGACCGGCUUUUUACCUCUUCCAUAGCCAUCUUUGGCGUAAUAAUCCAUAGGAUAAAAGUCUUUCUCAAACUUCUGUUCCUCUCCAAGCAUCACCAUAGCCUCGUAUGGCGUCAGUAAUGGCUUAUGGAAGGCAUACCCCCAAUCGAUCGAUAAUCUAGGACACGCAACUUGAACAAAAGCGUCGAUAUCAUCGAACAUGGAGAGCUUUCCUGGGAAAAUCUCUGAUAGUAUGAUCUUGAUCACAGUUUUUCCUGCCCGAGUGAGCUGUUGCUCUAAUCGUUCCACCGUCACCGGGUUUCCUUGUCGUCCCAGCGCACCCAGUAUCAGUCCUAUUUUUUUCGCCUCUGACGCGCGUCGCACGGCAUCUGAUCUCACUUGCACCAUUUCUUCCUGAGCGUAGUACUCUCUUGUGAACUUGCGAGAGUAUGGGUCAUAUCUAUAAGCAGGAACCGAAGGGUUGUGGAUCAUAGCACUUUCCAGAUGGAAUCUUCCAUCGCCAACGUAAACCAUAGCAUCAAACUGGUUAGGAUCUAAAUGCGCGGAUGUGCACCCAAGCACUUCCCCCUUGGAUAAUGGAGAUAUUUGAGGCGGCGUGACAUAGAGAAGCUUGUCUGACUCAGGGCCUUCCAACUUGUUCUUGAUCGAAUGUAUCGUAGGGUUGAACUGUAUCGUACCAAAUACAGCCAAUCGAGUUCCAUGUUCAAAGUUUUUAGUCAGAGUUCUUAUCAGAUGACCUUCAUCAAUGACGAUGGUCACAAACACAUAAAGGACCUUGAUUUUGGUCACAUCGAUAGGAACUAGACACGAGUGAGCAUAGUGAACAAUCAUAUCGCAGUCUAAGGCUCUGGCGGUAUAAUCGUCUAUGCAGCAGGCUCCAUAGGAAACGUCUCCCAUCACCAAAACCUCAGCAUUGCAAAAUUGCUCUAUUAUGUCGGCUAUCACCAUGGAAUAAAUCAGGAGCCCCUCCGGCAUCUGUAAACAUACCCGUUUAGCGUUGUUCUUUCGCACGUUCCAAACGGUUUUGUGGAUCUCAAAGUUGUAGUUCGAAGGCAAAAGACGUGCUGCCUCUUUUAGCUCUUCAUCGUCCAAGAUUUCCUGAGGAAUUUGAUUUAUAAGCCUUGAUGCUCCUUUCUUUGCACGUAUAAUCACUGCUGACCGGCCGCCCUUUUCAUCUUGCUCACGUGACCCUACAAACCUUCGCCUUCUUUGGGUGGUGUCCACUGCUGGC